GUUGCUCUUUGGCUAUUUUCUUUUUUUUUUUUUGGUUGGCGGGGGAACGAUGAAUAUCUUAUCCUAAUCCCUAACAUAAACGAGAAAAGGGUGGGGGUUUUCCGGCGAACGCGUCAAAGAACCAUGUUGCUCCACACCGCCACCGCUAUCACUGCGGCCGUCGACCACCACCGCCUCCGCCGCCACGCUUUCUCGCCGUCUCCGUCCAACUCGCGCUCACCCCUUACUGGGUUUUCAACAUCGACCCUUCCAAAGCCUCCACGUAGCUCCACAAUCUCAUGCUCUUCAAAAUCAAGAUCCCGCAGCUCUGGCACUGCAGUGGACUUGGAGAAGAGGAAGAAGCUCGAUUGGUACACUAUCUACAAGAGGAUAUCCAUGUUGGGUUACCCGGAGAAGGGCAACGCUGCUACAGUUCUGGACCAGUACGAGAAUGAGGGCAUCAAGAUCUCAAGAUUCGACCUUUCCCGCAUAAUCAAAGAGCUUCGCAAGUUCGGGCGCCACGAAUUCGCUCUCCAGGGUUAUGAGUGGAUGAACAAUAGAGCAGAUAAGUAUCGUCAAUAUGCCGUGGACGCUGCAAUUCAUCUAGAUUUGAUAUCCAAAGUUCAUGGAAUCUCAAAGGCAGAAGACUACUUCUUGAGUUUCCCAGAAUCUUUGAGGAAGAAAGAACUAUACGGUUCGCUGUUGAACGCGUACGCCCAUUUUGGAAUGAGGGAAAAAGCUGAAUCUUUAUUUGAUGAGAUUCGAAACCGGGGUUACGCAGAUGGUAAUCCUCGCCCUUAUAAUGUGAUGCUGACCCUUUACAUGAAACUUGAGGAACAUGAUAAGGUGGAGUGUAUGGUGUUGGAAAUGGAUGAGAAACAUCUUUUAGACAUAUAUUCUUAUAAUAUCUGGUUGACCUCCCGCGGCUACCAAGGGUCUCCGGAGAAGAUGGAGCAAGUGUUUGAGAGAAUGAAGAGGGACACGAGUGUCGUCCCAAAUUGGAGCACGUACUCCGUGAUGGCUUCUAUGUUCAUCAAGAUGGGGGAGUUGGAGAAGGGCAAAGAUUACUUGGGGAAGUUGGAGUCUGGAAUCAAGGGUCAGGAUCGCACGGCGUAUCAUUAUCUCAUAAGUCUUUACGGCAGUGUUGGUAACAAGGAAGGGAUACACAGUGUUUGGAAUGACUACAAGUCAUACUUUGCCUACAUUCCAAACAUGGGUUACCAUUUGGUAAUCACAUCUCUUCUAAGAUUGGAUGACAUUGAAGGUGCUGAAAACGCGUUCCACGAAUGGAUGUCAGCUAAGACACAUCAUGACGCAAGAAUUGCAAACCAUCUGCUGAGAUGGUAUUUGAAGAAUGGGCAAUUGGAGAAGGUCGAAAGCGUCUUUACAUUGUUGGUUGAUGCUGGAAGAAAGCCAAGCUCAAAGACAUUGGGCAUUCUUGCCCAAGUGCACAUCAAGAAAAGGAGAGUAUCAGAAGCUUUGUCUUGCUUGAGAGAUGCUGCCUUGGCAGAAGGAUCUAGCGGCUGGAGACCGAAUUAUGCUACUAUAGCCUCAUUCAUAAAGCUUUGCGAGGAAGAAGAUGACAUGAAGAGUAAGGAGGAAUUGAUGAAGGUGUUGAGUGAAGCUGGGUGUUUCGAAUACGAAGAUUAUUUGUCUUAUAUUGCUUCACAAAAUGAUAGUGAGAAGGAUGGGGAUGAAAUAAGUGACGGCGCUGUGCUCAAUGAACUCUAUGGAGGCUUAGAGUAACUAAUCUUACAUUUGUGUUUCGAAAUCGUUUUACGCAGUGUUAAGGUAAGGGAAUUGAUGUCCUUCUUUGGGAAAAAACACUUGAGUUAGUUCUUGUUGAAGAAGAUGGUUUGAUGAAGGAUUUUGAAGAACAUUUUUAAGCUACUAAUGAUCACUUAAUCUCUUUGUCUUCUUGAUAAAUGUAUCUGUGUUUUAAUAACAGAUUGACAUGAUAGAAGUAUGCCAUGUAAUGUAACUUCAAUCUGUUUUUGUUCAUUUCUAGAAACAUUCUAUAUAAUCAAGAUAUAGAUUAAGA